UCCCUCUCUCUCCUCAUCUGUAAUUGUGAAUAGUAUUUGCCACUCUCAGGCUCAGCUACAACAAACAAACACUCUUCUUUGGCUACUCUCAAUCUUCUCUCUCUCUCUCUCUCUCUCUCUACAAUGGCAAUUGUAGGCCUCUUAGUUGCGGCCACCAAGCUCGCCGGAAUCUUAGUCACCGUCACUUUCGCCGCCAACGCCGUCUCCUUCUCUCGUUACCGCCGCAAGCACCUCCGCCCCUUCCGCUCUCCCAUCGACGAGUCCUCCGACACACUCGCCGUCUUCAACCUCGAUCCUUCUUCCGAAGGUGAAAAAGAGUUCUUCUUCGGAUUGGCAACUGCACCUGCACACGUUGAAGACAGGCUUGAUGAUGCUUGGCUCCAGUUUGCAGAAGAGAGCCCCUGUGACCAAGCAGAGUCAGAGCAUGACCUGCAAUCAGCUGAUGCAGUACUGGGCUCUGCUGCUGGUGAUGGUGGAUCUCAGCAAGCUUCAUUGCCCCUAACAGAAGCUAAAAGGAUGGUAAAAAGAAAGAAGUCUAUUAAGAUAGCUAUGGAGGCAAUGAUCAGAGGUUUCAAUAAGUAUGUAGAAGAGGAAGAGCCUGCACCACCUGAAGAAUGCCAUCAUAAAGUAGCUGCCUGGCACAAUGUUCCGCACCCGGAGGAGAGGCUGAGGUUUUGGUCAGAUCCUGAUAUGGAAUUGAAACUGGCUAAAGACACUGGUGUUCGUGUCUUCCGAAUGGGUAUAGAUUGGACAAGGAUCAUGCCAGAGGAGCCAGUCGAUGGGAGUAAAGAAACUGUUAAUUAUGCUGCGUUGGAACGAUAUAAAUGGAUUAUCAGUAGGGUUCGCUCAUAUGGUAUGAAGGUGAUGCUGACACUGUUCCAUCAUUCACUGCCACCAUGGGCUGGAGAGUAUGGAGGAUGGAAACUGGAGAAAACUGUUGAUUAUUUCGUGGAUUUUACAAGGCUUGUUGUUGACAGUGUAUCAGAUAUUGUAGAUUACUGGGUUACAUUUAAUGAGCCUCAUGUCUUUUGUAUGCUUACUUAUUGUGCUGGUACUUGGCCUGGUGGUAAUCCUGAUAUGCUGGAGGUUGCUACUUCUGCACUACCUACUGGUGUUUUCAAUCAAGCCAUGCACUGGAUAGCAAUUGCACACUCAAAGGCCUAUGACUAUAUCCAUGGGAAAAGCACCUCCACAAAUUCAAUCGUUGGAGUAGCACACCAUGUCUCAUUUAUUCGACCAUAUGGUCUGUUUGAUGUUCCUGCCAUCUCACUGACUAACUCCUUGACUCUCUUCCCAUAUCUGGAUGAUAUUUCUCACAAGCUGGAUUUUAUAGGAAUAAAUUAUUAUGGCCAGGAAGUGGUGUCUGGUGCUGGACUGAAGCUAGUAGAGACUGAUGAAUACAGUGAAUCUGGACGGGCUGUAUAUCCAGAUGGCUUGUACCGCAUGCUACUUCAGUUCCAUGAUAGAUACAAACAUCUAAAUGUACCUUUUAUCGUUACUGAAAAUGGUGUUUCAGAUGAGACAGAUUUGAUCAGAAGACCAUACAUUUUGGAACAUUUACUUGCAAUUUAUGCAGCCAUGAUCAUGGGUGUUCCUGUGCUUGGUUACCUGUUUUGGACUAUUUCUGAUAACUGGGAGUGGGCUGAUGGCUAUGGUCCCAAGUUUGGACUUGUAGCAGUUGAUCGUGCCAAUAAUCUUGCACGGAUACCUCGUCCUUCAUACCAUUUGUUUUCCAAAGUGGCAACCACAGGUAAGGUUACACAUCAAGACAGGGAACUUGCAUGGAAUGAACUACACAGAGCUGCUAAACAGAGAAAAACAAGGCCAUUUUAUCGAGCAGUGAAUAAACAAGGUUUAAUGUAUGCGGGAGGCCUUGAUGAACCUAUACGGAGACCUUACAUUGAUCGAGAUUGGCGGUUUGGACACUAUGAGAUGGAAGGUCUGCAGGACCCAUUGAGCCGCUUGUCACGAUGUAUUCUCCAACCUUUCUCCCUCAGAAGGAAAGGGAAACCUCAAACGGAUGAAGCUGAGUUGGUUCUUCAGCCUCUUGAAUUAACUGUCUGAUUCAUUCUCCAGACAGUUCAGAGAUUUCCCAUACCGUAUAAAAAAUGGAACACAUCCCAAACUAGGCUUUCAAUGCAGGUUUCUUUGAUGCUGACGUCAAGAUGUGCUUUUUUAUUUUUUAUUUUUUAUAGUCUUCACAAUUACUGUAUCUAAUACAAUGCAGUGUAUACAAGUAAUUGAUUGGAUAGCUAGAAGACAAGACUUAGUUGGGUUUGAUGUAGAUUGGAUCGGAUGACAGCAUACACUGCACUCUCCCCAAAAUCCCUGCCCAAAUUUGUAGUUUUCAUGUAUAGACAAUUGUGUUCUGCAUUACGGUAUUUCUUUGUUUCAAUGCCAACUUUGAUUCAUUGAAAUAAUUAUCCGUAAUAGGUGUAAAAUAUCACCAGUUAUGUUUAUUUUUAAGCAAAUGAUAGAUGGUUACUUGUUAUUUGUGCCACGAAAA